CUAGCAACGGCCUGGCUCCGCCCCCUGGUGUCUCGGGGAAAGCGCUCCGCCGGGUCCCCGCGUCAUCAGGGCCCGGCCCGCGCCUGGGGUCCGGCGGAGUUGAAGACGCGUGGAGGUGGCGGGAAGUCGCGCGUUGUGCAGUGUACCUAUGAUAAAAUGUGUUUUAAAAAUAAAUGUUAAACUUUUGUUGGAAUGAAGAAUGUCUCUUAAUCCACCUGUAUUUCUUGAAGAAAGUGAUCCAAAAUUUGUGGAAACACAGCAGUCACAACCAGCUUCCACAGUUUCAGAUGAUCCCCUUCAGAACUUAUGCUUAGCAUCCCAAGAAGUUCUUCAAAAAGCUCAGCAAAGUGGGAGAUCAAAGUGUCUUAAAUGUGGUGGUUCAAGGAUGUUCUACUGCUAUACAUGUUACGUCCCAGUUGAAAAUGUACCUGUUGAACAGAUUCCACUUGUGAAGCUUCCAUUGAAGAUUGACAUCAUUAAACAUCCAAAUGAAACAGAUGGCAAAAGUACUGCUAUACAUGCAAAACUCUUAGCUCCUGAAUUUGUAAACAUUUACACGUAUCCUUGUAUUCCAGAAUAUGAAGAAAAGGACCAUGAAGUUGUACUUGUUUUUCCUGGACCUCAGUCUAUCUCAAUAAAAGAUAUUUCUUUCCAUCUGCAAAAAAGGAUUCAACAUAAUGUUAGAGGCAAAAAUGAUGACCCUGAUAUGCCAUCUUUUAAACGCAAGAAAACAGAAGACCAGGAAGACUAUGAUUUGAAUGACAGCAAACGCAAAGGAACAACACUGAAAAAAGUUAUAUUUAUAGAUAGCACUUGGAACCAAACAAACAAAAUCAUCACUGACGAGAGACUUCAAGGGUUGUUACAAGUUGAAUUGAAAACAAGAAAAACUUGCUUUUGGCGCCAUCAAAAAGGAAAGCCAGAUACUUUUCUUUCCACAAUUGAAGCCAUUUACUACUUUCUAGUAGACUACCAUACUGAUAUAUUAAAAGAGAAAUACAAAGGACAAUAUGACAACCUUUUAUUCUUCUAUUCUUUUAUGUACCAGUUGAUAAAGAAUGCUAAAUGCUCUGGAAAUAAAGAAACAAGAAAACCUACCCAUUAGUUUAUAACAAGCCAUCUGUGUCUUUUUAUUUUGCUAAAAUUAAUAAACAUAUAUUUGUAUUCUGUUCAUUCUUAGGAAAUAAUCGUGUAUAAUGCCUGCAAGACCAUUUGAAAAAA